AUGCUCCAGGGGCCGUACGGCGACCCGGACCAGGGCCGGCUCCUCAUCCGGCUGCCCUUCAAGAUCUUCGCCGUGGUGACGGUUCUGCUGCCGGCGACCGGCUUCAUCGCCUGCAUCAUCGUCUCCCUCAUCUACCACUACGAGGACACGACGCACACACACUGGAGCUCGCUGGUGCACAUGCUCAUUACAUGCCGGCUGUGGUACGUGAUGAAGAGAAGCUUCGAGAGCGCAGAGGAGGACGUAUCCUAUCGUCGGAAGCUGCGUCUCUUCGUUUUAAACGCCGCAUGUUGUUUGGCUUCCUGCUUACUCUACAAACGCCACAACGACCGCUGUGAACCUGGAGUCUACACCUUGUUCGCCUUCAUCGAGUACCUGAUGGUCUCCUCCAACAUCGCCUUCCACUUUACGGCUUUCUGGGACUUUGGCAGCAAAGAGCUGAUCGUGGCCACGCCGCUGAUACGACACUGAGCUCCGCCCAGAGAGUUCUUCUUCUAUCGUUGCUUUUAAACACCUGGGUUUAAAGGCUGUGUCCAUCUUCUGUUUGCAAGCUGCUGGAGCGUCUUUAAUGCAGUUAUCUGAACAGUCAUGCGGCUGCUGUGCGGCUAGUGCUCCACCAGAACAAGAAGUCUGAGCUCCAGCA